AAAAGAAUUUCUGCACGCUGAAAAAGUGGGAAUUUUUUUCCCUUCUGGAGCUGUCUUGACUCUUUGCAAAUCCAUGCAACACACUGAUACUGAUGACUUCAGUUCUGACCUUGAUGCCUACUUGGAAGCACGCGAUGCGCCCGCAGACGAAAAAGACUGGGAGCUAGACAGUACGACCCAAUGUUAUGUAAAUCAUAAGCAGCGCCUCUUGCUGUGUUGGACAGGCAAUGAAUGGGCAUACGGUGACUACAACGCCAGCUACGGUUCGUCCGAUCACAUGAGGGAAGAAAACGAUAUGCAGCAGUCGCCAUCGCUGAAUGAGGCAACUCGUUAUUUGUAUGAUGAAAAAACCGAUCUGUGGUACGAUACUCUGUCGAGUCAAUACUACAAAUACGACGACGUGAUGCGCAUUUAUAUUCCUGUCACUGUAAUCAAUGAUCAGGACGAAUGGACCGAUGAACCGGAAAGCGAUGCAACUCUUCGUUUAGUGGUGUUGGAAUCCGACAAGUUGAAAGCAGGCCAUGUGGUGCUGGUCGAUGCGCAAGGGCUGACCGUCGGUCGCGACAAAUCGUGGGACAAGCGAUUACGUUUGCCCGAGAUGGCCGUCAGCAAAUUUCAUUGCCAGAUUUUCUUUGAUGCGGAAGCGGCAUCGUUCCAUGUCACCGACGUCGGUUCGCAGAACGGCACAUUCUUGAAUUCGGAGCGGCUUUCCGACACAAAGACCAGCAGUGUUCCCUUCAAACUCCAGCAUAAAGAUCAGUUACAAAUCGGAUCCACCGUAUUAGAAGUGCAUCAGCACGAGCAUGGCUGGCCUUGCGAACAGUGCCGAACCAACGAUAACAUCAUUGAUACCACGGAACAAUCCCGAAAAUCACAACCUGACAAGGUCACUGUGCGACAAGACCUGGAAGUGGCUCGUCGACAAGAACUACAACGCCUGAAACAGAAAUUCUCCACUGUAGAAUCGAAGUCGACUCAACGCGCCUCUUAUCUAGAUCGAGCAAACUUACGAAGGCAACAACAACCUGCAGGUAUAUCGAAACAUUCUCGAGUUCCGGUACAGGAAGAAUACGAAACGGUUCACACGCCAGUGGCUGCGGCAACCGUCCAUACGCCUGUGCACGGUGUCGGUGAUCGUAUGCUUCGAAAAAUGGGUUGGAAACAAGGCCAAGGGUUAGGGAAACCUGGAUCCGGCGGUAUUCUAGAACCCAUUGCACCCGUAACGACCAGCGAACGCGCAGGCUUGGGAUCGCGAACCCUGAAUAGUGCGGUGGUUGGUAAUGAAUCACGAAAAGCGAGAGAUUGGAGAUUAGCUCAGGAAAGAUUUAAGCAAUUGUAAAUGCCGCGGCCUUGUAUUAUAUCAAUUUUUUUUAAAUUUUAUCGUGGACAAGCGAUGCUUCUUUUUGUAUACAAUCCCAUUUGAUGAGCAAUACAUGUAAAGAUCCAUGAAUGAUUUG